CAGCACUGUGGGGCUGAGACUGAAGCAGCAGCAGUAGCAGCCGCAGCGACAAUAGCAGUCAUCAGCAACAGCAGGAUCAGCAACAGCAGCUUGCAGACAUCAGUUGAAGAGGCGAUACGUGGAGCCAGGCUCACCUCUCCCACCUCUCCCACCUCCCUCGUCACCUCUCGCAGCCGCCCCCGCCCGCCGUGCUCCUCGUCUCCCCCGGGGGGCCCGGAGCGGCCACCAUGGGCGGUCUGCGGCUGCGGGGCCUCUCCCGGGGCGGCCUCCAGCUGGGCCUGGCCGCCGCCGCCCUGCUGCUCGCGCUGCGCGGCGCCGGCGCCGCCACCACCGCGGCCGUCCCGCCCGCGGGGCCCACCUCCUCCUGGCCCGGGGGGGCGACCGCGACGACGGCAACGGCCAAUCAGAGCAAAUCGUGCCUGGGCACCUACACGUGCUUGCCGGGCAUCCUGCUGCCCGUAUGGCUGCCCAACGACCCGCCGCUCCCGGACAAGGUGGCGCGCGCCCUCGUCUACUUCGUGUGCCUCAUGUACAUGUUCCUGGGCGUGUCGAUCAUCGCCGACCGCUUCAUGGCCUCCAUCGAGGUGAUUACGUCGCAGGAGAAGGAGAUCACCAUCAAGAAGCCGAGCGGCGAGACCGUCACCACGACGGUGCGCGUGUGGAACGAGACGGUGUCCAACCUCACGCUGAUGGCGCUGGGCUCGUCGGCGCCCGAGAUCUUGCUCUCCGUCAUCGAGGUGUGCGGGCACCACUUCGAGGCGGGCGACCUGGGGCCCAGCACCAUCGUGGGCAGCGCGGCCUUCAACAUGUUCGUCAUCAUCGCCAUCUGCGUGUACGUGGUGCCCGACGGCGAGACGCGCCGGAUAAAGCACCUGCGCGUGUUCUUCGUGACGACGGCCUGGAGCGUCUUCGCGUACAUCUGGCUCUACCUCAUCCUCGCCGUCUUCUCGGAGGGCAUCGUCGAGGUGUGGGAGGCGCUGCUCACGUUGGCCUUUUUCCCCGUGUGCGUCGUCUUCGCCUGGGUCGCCGACCGCCGCCUGCUCUUCUACAAGUACGUGUACAAGCGCUACCGUGCCGACAAGCACCGCUGCGUCAUCGUCGAGUCCGAGGGCGAGCGGCCCAAGUCGUCCUUUGAGAUGGACGGCAAGGGGGCGGCCACGGCGGCCGGGGGGGGCGCGACGGCCGUGGCGCUGCAGCUCGACGGGCCCGACGUGGCCGACGAGCCCGAGGUGGGCGAGGGCCGGCGCGAGAUGUUCCGAAUCCUCAAGGAGCUCAAGCACAAGCACCCGGACAAGGACCUGGAGCAGCUGACCGAGAUGGCCAACUACCAGCUGCUGAGUCAGCAGCAGAAGAGCCGCGCCUUCUACCGCAUCCAGGCCACGCGCAAGAUGACGGGCGCCGGCAACAUCCUGAAGAAGCACCUGCUGGAGCAGGCUCGCCGCUCGGCCAGCAUCACCGAGAUCCACGUGGAGGCGGGCGACGGCGCGGGCGCCGCCUCCUCGGCGUGCCGCGUGUUCUUCGAGCCGUCCUCGUACCGCUGCCUCGAGAGCUGCGGCGCCUGCACCCUGACGGUGGUGCGGCGCGGCGGCGACCCCCGCGCCACCCUCUACGUCGACUACCGCACCGAGGACGGCUCGGCGAGCGCCGGCUCGGACUACGACCUCGCGUCCGGCACGCUCGUGUUCCGGCCCGGCGAGACGGAGAAGACGAUCAGCGUGGGCAUCGUCGACGACGACAUCUUCGAGGAGGACGAGCAGUUCUUCGUGCGGCUCAGCAACUUGCGGGCGGCGCCCGGGGCGGGGGACGAGGAGGCGGCGGCGGCGGCGGCGACGGAGGCCGGGCAACCGGACGUGGUGGCGGUGGCGGUGGCGGGCGUCACGCCGUGCCUGGCGACGCCCGACGUGGCCAGCGUCACCAUCCUGGACGACGACCACGCGGGGCUGUUCGGCUUCGAGGAGGCGGCGAUGCGCGUGAGCGAGAGCGUGGGCUGCGUCGAGGUGCGCGUGGUCCGCUGCUCGGGCGCACGCGGCUCCGUGCUCGUGCCGUUCGCGACGGUCGAGGGGCGGGCGAAGGGCGGAGGGGAGGACUACGAGGACGUCAGCGGGGAGCUGCUCUUCAAGAACGAGGAGAGCGUGAAGACGAUCCAGAUCCGGAUUGUGGACGACGAGGAGUACGAGAAGAACAAGAGCUUCUUCCUCGAGCUGGGGGAGCCGCGCAUGGGGGACGUGAGCGACAAGAAGGCUGCUCUUCUGUGGUGUGAGCACGCAGAUGGCCUCUCGACUGAGGAGUCGGAGGCCCGGAGGGUGGCGGCCCUCGGAAAGCCCGGCCUGGGAGAGCACCGCAGGCUGGAGAUCAUCAUCGAGGAGUCGUACGAGUUCAAGAGCACGGUGGACCGGCUCAUCAAGAAGACGAACCUGGCGCUGGUGGUGGGGACACACUCGUGGCGAGAGCAGUUCGUGGAGGCCGUCACCGUGGGCUCCGGUGACGACGAUGACGAAGAUGGCGGCGGCGGCGGCGAGGAGCGCAUGCCGUCGUGCUGCGACUACAUCAUGCACUUCCUCACGGUCUUCUGGAAGGUGCUGUUCGCGUGCGUGCCGCCCACCGAGUACUGGAACGGCUGGGCCUGCUUCGUCGUCUCCAUCUCCGUCAUCGGCAUCCUCACCGCCGUCAUCGGCGACCUCGCCUCGCACUUCGGCUGCACCGUGGGGCUCAAGGACUCGGUGAACGCCGUCGUGUUCGUGGCGCUCGGCACCUCCGUGCCCGACACGUUCGCCAGCAAGGUGGCGGCCGUGCAGGACCAGUACGCGGACGCUUCCAUUGGCAACGUGACCGGCAGCAACGCGGUGAACGUGUUCCUGGGCAUCGGCAUCGCGUGGUCCAUCGCCGCUAUCUACUGGUGGACAAAGGACGAGCCGUUCCGCGUGCAGGCUGGCACGCUGGCCUUCUCCGUCACCCUCUUCACCAUCUUCGCCUUCGUCUCGGUCGCCGUGCUCAUGCUGCGCCGCCGCCCGUCCAUCGGCGGGGAGCUGGGCGGCCCGCGCCGCCAGAAGCUGCUCACGUGCGCGCUCUUCGUGCUCCUCUGGCUCAUCUACAUCGUCUUCUCGGGCCUCGAGGCCUACUGCCACAUCCCCGGCUUCUAGAUGCGCCGGCGCUCGGGGGUCUGUCGCUCGGCGCGCGGCGGUGCGGUGGUGGGGUAGGGGGUGUUGUGGGCGUUGCGGCGGUGGGGCUGCUGCCACCGUCGCUCACCGACGUCGCCGCCAUCGUCAACGUCGCUGCCACCGUCGUGGUUGUUUCGUCCGGGUGGAAACUCUGAGGCCUUGCGUUGCUGAGGACUUCUGAGAGCGCAAUAAGGAAGUGUUAAAGUUCGAGUGCGGUGAGCUAGAAUGGCUCGUGUCACGCUGCUGCUGCUGCUGCCCCGCACACGCCACAGAUGCGGGUCUCAGGUGGAGCUCACCACGCUGGCGGUGGUGAUGGCGGUGGUGAGAUUAUACAUUUGAGUGGUGUCUCACUGACAUGGCACCCGUGGCUGUGGCUCGUGGAUUGCGGCCAAUGGACGAUAAUUAUCGGCCGACUUGGAGGUCGGGCGGCUCUUAGCGGGCCAAGUCCCCGCAGGAUUUCUUGGCGAGAGAUUCUGCGAUGCUCGGCGAGUGUUAGCGUCACAACUGACGGACCUCCUGGGCUCAGCGUGGUUUAUUCUCGCAGCUGAUCCACAACUCAUUUGAAGUCGAGUUUGCCGUGCCUGGGUGCCAGUGCACAGAUCUCCCAGGGCGGUGUGUGCUGCCAUCGAGGCACUCUGCUCAUUAAGGACGUUGUUUCUAACCCCCGCGAUGUUCCAGCCUUCACCGACUGCACUCCCGCAAAGCCCGAUGUGUGAAGGAUGCAUGGACGCACACGUGGCUUUGUUAGCCCGGUGGCUUCAGGGCGCUGCUAUGCCACUUGCAGCCAUCGAACUGUCCACGCCUCCUCCUCUGCCACCAACUGCCCGACUUUGCCACCCACUGCCCCACUCAGUCACCCAAUACCACCUGUACUACCACCCACUGCCCCACGCCACUACCCAUCGUCCCACCCUAUCACCCUCUGCUAUAGCCUACCACCGAUUGCUGCUAGACCCGGUCAUCCCGUCACUCUUUGCUGCCAAGUUUGUUCUCAGCCUGGUGCUUUACGUUGGCAGCAUGGGCCAUCAGUUCUUUAACCAAAAACAAAUGAAAGAAAAAAAAAGAUCUAUGCUCGAUGUCUGCGACUGCACUUAAUGAAAAACAAAUGGUAUCCCGCGUGCGGAACCGCCUGCCACCACGGUCCGCUGUGUUGUGUUGUUUCGCGGUGAUUUGUGAGUGUGAAAACCCUUUUUCAGUUGCCUUGGCGCGCGCCAUUGGCGAGACGCUUCCAUCCCUGCGUCGCUCGUAAAAUCUCCUCGCCUCUAGCGAUGUCGGCGUUUAAUUGUAUCGCGCUUCGACGAUGCGUUGGCCUCUUCCUCGUGGCGUUGCUUUCAAAGCGAUUUCCCGCUCACGUGAGCAUUGAGGCUGCGUGCUCAUCUCCUGUUUACAGGCUUGCAGCGGCAGUGGUGGAAAUUCCACAAAUUUUAAUCAUGGGGGGGGGGAGUGGUGGGGAGCUGCGGUACAAGUCUAUCCAUGGGGCAAGCACUGGUGACUUCCCGACAGUGGUACUAAUUUUUAUCCACCCCAGAGGGAUGAUGGGUUUAGUCAACCCCUCCCCAAACAGGAUUUGAACUAGCAACCUUCCGAUUGCAAGCCGCGCUGCUGGGUCUGCCGUUGAGUCACCUGGACGGAUAAUCACUCUCAUUUAUACCCUCGGAUGUAGAUAGGUUGAGCCAUAGGUAGCGUCGUACCCGUAGGUAGGUAGGCACGCACCUGCUGUGCGUGCGAUGGCGCAUACAGCCCCGAGCAACGUCUGAAGUACGUUUUACAGAGCCUUAUUAAAACGUUAAUUUAUUUAAAUUAUGUAACGUUGAAUGCGAUUUAUAAACCCAUCAUCGUGUUGGGCCAGUGGUCCUUUGGUUUAUUCAAAGUGUCUAUAAACGCGUGUGUGUGUGGGUUGUUUUUUUGUGUUUAGGCGUAAAAUCCCAAUCUGCUCUUUUUCGUGUUGAAGCACAUGUACCUGUUUGGAACCCCACGUGAUCUGUGACUUUGUUUUGUUCGCAAGCCGCCAAUUUACCAGCGGAGAUUCAUUACCACCAAGCUAUGGAACGCCUUGCCACUUUAAAUCAGGCAAUCGGAGUCGGCAGAUAUAUUUCAGCCUGCUUUAAAAACCCAUCUCUUUAAAGUGGUCUUCCAUCUCUAAGUUGAUCGGUUGGCCCUGGUCCUGUUUGUGUUUCCUGCUUCCCAUGCAAUGCACAUUGGGAUCAUAGGAUGGACUGCGCAUUAUACAUUUGAUUUAUUAUUAGUAUUACUCUGACGACUACUGAGGGCUGCCCUCGUGUAAAUAUCUGGACGUCAAUCAGGUGACUGAACCGGCUUGCAUUGUGGCCUCUGUGACGAUGCCUGUGAUGAUGGCGGCGGCGGAGGCGAUGAUGAUGAUGGUGGUGGUAGCUCUAGCGGCUAGAACGACGACGCCUCUGUUAACAGUCAUUGUGACUGAAGGUGGUGGCGAUUAAGCAAUAAUCGUCACGAAUCGUUCCGCGUCCACGACUUGCAUCCACGACGAUUUGGCAUCCAAUCCCCCCCCCCCUCCGUGUGUUCGCACACAGAAGAAGAGUGACGUCAUGGCUAAACGGCGCCCCCCCCGCCCCCCCCCAACUUUUGCACGGCAUUUGGCAGGAGAGCGGCCCUCGUGGACUAAAGACUGAAAAGAAAAACCCUCUCGGCUUCCCGCCUUCGGCAUCUCAACAAUGCCGAUCGCACGCGAAGCGGGUCGUCUCGGUAUUUCGCCAUGAUAGAUGUCCCCGUGGCGGCGGUGGAUUUGUUUCCUUCCAAUUCGUAGCCAGAACCGCGCCCGUUGGGGUAUCCGUGCCGUGCCCCGCGCUGUCUGUCCGCACCGCAUCCCCCGCUGGGAGGAGGUGGUCGCGUCUCUGCACGUCAGGGCUGAACACCCACGCGCUUGAGAGCAGGGCAGACGUUCACUUCGCACGACAUUUGGGAAUUUGUCAACUGGGGGGGGGGGCAGUGCCGGAUGUAGCUAGUGCGGGGCUUGUAGCAUAUGUUGUUAUGAAGGGGCCCUACAUAAAAAAACACGUACAUAUGAAAACACAAAUGUUUAACUUGCAAAGUAAAGUACUUGUAUUUUUUCAUUUGCUAUACAGCCAUAUAAUACGACAAAUCGCUAAUCUUAAACACCCCAGUCGUUCAUAAAAGUUGAAGGCGCUAUAUUACUAUAGUAAUAGAGCAAGUGCAGAAUCACUGAACCG